AUGCUCAGUUCUGAACCGUGCAGGGAAUCCCUGAAGUCUCAUCCAGACAGAGUUCCUGUCGAUUCACCAGAGAGGGCGGCUCGGACACGCAAGUUCCAGGAGAUUAGCGAUGCUUAUUACACGUUGUCAGAUGUAUCACGCCGACGGGAGUAUGAUGCGAUGAGGAUGGCAGGCGGUGUCGAGGAGGAAGAGGAGGAAGUACCCCGUGGAGGUGCAGGAGGAUUCCCCUGGUCUGCUUUUGGCUUUGGCUCGGCCGAUAGUGAGCAACGCGCAUCCGAGCAAUUCGGGUCGGUGUUUGAAGAAAUGCUGCGUGAAGAGGGCCUAGCCAGCGAAGGCACAGAUGCUGACGGUCAGACUCGUUCACACCCGACGUCUCGGUUCUGGUCCGUUAUAGCCAAUGCUCCUGGAGCAUUGGCUGGCGCAGUUGCUGGCAAUCGUCUUGGUGCAGUGCGAGAUGCCAAAGGAAAGAGUGUUUACGAUGUCUUCCUCCAGCUUCCUCAGACCGAUCGUGCACGGCUUUUGAGUGAAUUAGCAGCCAAGGACCGCCCCCUCAAGGGCACAAUCUGUCUCUUCGAUGUCGACAAGACGCUAACGCCUGCCAGAGCUAAUGUUACCCCGGAGAUGCUCACGCUUCUCUCUCAGCUGCGUCACAAGUGCGCGAUCGGAUUCGUUGGUGGCUCGAAUCUUCCCAAGCAGCAAGAACAGCUCGGUAGAAACACUACGGACGUCACAACCCUAUUCGAUUUCUGCUUCGCUGAGAACGGAUUGACCGCUUUCCGCCUGGGCAAACCUCUUCGCAGCAACAGCUUCAUCCAAUGGCUGGGAGAGGAGAAAUACCAGAAGUUGGUCAACUUCUUGCUCAAGUACAUCGCCAACUUGGAGAUUCCUAAGAAGCGCGGCACCUUCGUUGAAUUCCGCAAUGGUAUGAUCAACGUCAGCCCGAUUGGCAGGAAUGCCAGCACCGAGGAGCGGAAGGAAUUUGAAGCGUAUGAUAAGAUUCACAACAUCCGCCGAGACCUUGUAGAUGCGCUCAAGAAGGAGUUCCCUGACUAUGGUCUAAGCUACUCCAUUGGUGGUGAAAUUUCUUUUGACGUUUUCCCGACCGGCUGGGACAAGACUUACUGCCUACAACACGUCGAAGCCGAGAAAGAUAUCACGGGUAUCGAUUACAAGACGAUCCACUUCUUCGGUGACAAGACAUUCCCCGGUGGUAAUGACUACGAGAUCUACAGUGACCCUAGGACGAUCGGUCACUCCGUUGAGGACCCUGAUGACACCAUGAGGCAGUUGAGGGAGCUCUUCCAGCUCUAG